GGUGGGCUGCCGUCUCUGGGGUCGCACAGAGUUGGACAUGACUGAAGCGACUUAGCAGCAGCAGCAGCAGCAGCAGCAGUGUUUUGGUGGGGAACUUAUGCAUGAAGCUUGGAGUGGAGAUGUAUGUAGAAGUCACAGUAGGCAUGGGAUUUGGGGCCAUGAAUGUGGAUAGGUUUUCCUGCAUGGAUAGAGUGAGAAGAGAAAGCUAGUGACAUAAUCUUAAGGGCAUAACAAUAUUUAAAGGUGUGGUAAAUAAAGAAGACCUUGAAAGAAGACAAAGCAUUGACCAGAUUUAACAGGAAAACCUGGACAGUUAUUUCUGAAAUCAAAGAAAGAGCAGCUUAAAAGUCAGAGUGGUUAACAGUGCUUAGUGUUGCAAAGGGGUCAGGUUAGAUUGCACGCUUCAUGUAGUGGUUGAAGUCGGCUUGUAUUGGGGUUUUUGGAGUGGGUAGAAAGGAAAUGUAAACAGUAAAAACUACUUUGAAGAGCAGGAGUGGCUAGAGAAAGGUGUGCAGUCAAGGAAGAGUUAUAAUUAUGUGUUUUCUUAAAAAGAAGAUUUGCUUAAACAAGUUACAGAGGAAAAAAUGCUAGCAGAGAGUAAGGAUACCACAGUAAAGGAGUAAUUAGUGAAUUGAUGUGACUGAGUUGGUGGCAGGAGGUGGAAAGUAUAUUUGAAGGUGGGGUUUCCCAUGGGUAGUCGAAUGAGCUAUUCUGCCCCUGUGAUAGGAGAUAGCAGAGAGGAUGUGGGUUAGCAGACCAGAAAAGGAGAGUCAUGAUGGUUUGAAAAGACCAUGGUUGAGAAAACUCAGACUUUCUACUUCUAGAUUACUAUGUAGUUGGCAGCUGAAAACAGCACUUAAUGGAUAUCAUCACAUAGUACAACAGAGAAUGAAGCAGUCUCCUGAUCUAGUGAGUUUUAUGAUGGAGUUGAAGAUGGUUUUGGAAGCUGCUUUAAAGAAUAAAAAAGAACCAUAUGUAUUACCUUCUCCUCCCAAGUUCUACUCAAGCCUUAUUGGAGAAAUAAGAACUCUUGGUUGGGAUAAGCUUGUGUAUGUGGAUCCUUGCUUUAGUACCAUCAAGUUAAAAGCAGAUGUUUCUGGUAGAGAGCAUCUAAUCACUGUCAAGUUGAAGGCGAAGUACCCUGCAGAAUCACCAGAUUGUGUUGUGGAUAUUCCUGUUCCAUUUUCUGUUUCCUGGACACCACAGAGCUCCUUAAUAAGCAUUUAUACUCAGUUUUUGGCAGCAUUGGAAUCACUGAAGACAUUCUGGGAUGUUAUGGAUGAAAUUGAUGAGAAGACUUGGGUACUUGAGCCAGAAAAACCUACACGGAGUGCUACAGCACGCAGAAUUGUAUUGGGGAAUAACGUUUCAAUAAAUAUAGAGGUAGACCCCAGGCAUCCCACCAUGCUUCCUGAGUGCUGUUUUCUUGGAGCUGACCAUGUGGUAAAACCCCUGGGAAUUAGGCUGAGCAGAAACAUACAUUUGUGGGAUCCAGAAAACAGUCUGUUACAAAAUUUGAAAGAUGUUUUAGAAAUUGACUUUCCAGCUCGUGCUAUCCUGGAAAAAUCUGAUUUUUCUAUGGAUUGUGGGAUUUGUUAUGCCUAUCAACUUGAUGGUGCCAUUCCUGAUCAAGUGUGUGAUAAUUCACAAUGUGGCCAGUCUUUCCAUUAUAUAUGCUUAUAUGAGUGGUUGAGAGGACUACUGACUAGUAGACAGAGUUUUAACAUCAUAUUUGGUGAAUGUCCGUAUUGUAGUAAGCCAAUUACCUUGAAAAUGUCUGGGAGAAAAGCCUGAAAUAAGAAUGCAGCAUUCCUGUGAAGAGCUAGAAACUUAAAUUAUCAAAAGGAUUUUAUUUGAUAACUUCAGAGAAAAUAUAAAGCAAGACAUACUAAUAUCAAAAGAACAAUAAUGGUGAAGCUAUAAUAAUAUAUAUCUAAUUUUAUCUCUUCGCUAAAUGUAAACUGGGACACUGUAAACCAAAAUCCUGUAGAACUGUCUAAUUCUGUGACCUCCAUACCAGUUGUAGAAGGGUUUGUGUACCAAGAUGGAGAGCUUGACUUGUUGAACAUAUCUGGAUUGGUAAAAUCUUGAUGGGUUUCAUAAAAUGAAUUUGGGAAUUGUAUACAGCUGGAUUCAUGUGGAGAACUUUUUACAUCAUUUUGAAAUUCUUGAGACUCACAAUAUUUUUGUCUUCUUCUUGUGCUUUCCUAUGAGAAAAUACAUAUUUAUUAUGUGUUAGGUUUGAGGUAUUCAAGUAUUUUAGUGUACUCUUUUAAGAAUGCUAAAUUAAAUGUGUUACAUAAGAUCAA